AUGCUUAACGAACCUAUCUCACCAAUCUCUUCAUCACCUUCAUCUCCACCCUACUACAUCCUAUCAUAUGAUUCAGAACCCUCUGACCCUCAAUCCCCCACCCUGGCUCAGCUUCAUGCUCGUGCUCUUGCCUCACAACAACAACUUGAACCAGAAGCCAAUACUCCACCACCUGAACAACUAACUCAACCACCAUCUGAACAACCACAAAAUCCACCACCUGAACAACCAACAACACCACCCUUUGAAACUACCAUCGUACCACCCAUUGAAAAAAUUAUCACUCCUACCUCUCAACCUCCCGCUGGCACUACCCAAACACCACCAACAUCCCCAUCUCCCAACUCUAAACCAGAAAAUACCUCCCCCCUAGAAGAAGCAACCUCUUUAUUUGCUGAGUCUUCAGUGGAGAAGAUCAGAUCUCUAUCUGAAAACUCUGGUAUCAAUGAUGAUCCCUCUGCAGUAAGGAUUCACUGGAACAGAGUGAUCAGAUGCAUGACCUAUGGGGCUUUCAAACUGAAAAGCCUCUCUGAACAAGUCCGCAACGACUUUAUCAGAGAAGCUGGAGAAAGACUACAGGCACGACUGGUCAGAGAGGUAGAGGAAAAGGCCAGAAGAGAAGCAGAAGAGAAAGCUCGUCUGGAAGAAGAGCAAUGGGUUAGAGAAGCUGUAGAGAAGGCUGUUGUUGCGGCUACUGUUGAAGCUGAAGCAAAAGCAAAAGCUGACACUGAAGAGGCAGCAUACAUAGCUGCGGAAGAAGCUGCAAAGGCUAGGACGGAUGCUCUGGCUCAGGGGGAGCAAUCAAACUUUGGCUUCGCUCCUCUGGUCCUAAAGACUUUGGAAGAGCUGCAGAAGGAGCAACAGAUAGUGCGAGCAAGAUUGGAUCACCAGGACUCCGUUAACAACAAUAUUCAGAACUUGCUGACUCAGCUGCUCUAG